UCUUAUUUACCUUCACGUCCUUGACAUCGAAAAUGUCCGUUCCUCCAUCUGGAUGCUACGCUCCGUCAGUUCUCUUUCUUCAAGACAAUGAAGACAUCGACAUUCCGGCCACAAAGUCCCAUAUCCUGCGUUUAGCUCAAGGUGGCGUUUGCGGGAUACUGGUGCAAGGAAGUAAUGGCGAAGCACAAUUUUUAUCCCAUGAAGAGCGAAAGCAAGCCAUUCGUCUUGCCCGGGACACCUUAGACGAAAACGGUUUCCGAGAUGUUUUGGUGAUCGCUGGUACUGGCGCUCAGUCUACCAGGGAGACUAUCAAGCUUUGCUUUGAUGCUAAGGAGGCAGGGGCAUCCCAUGUUCUUGUUCUUACUCCCUCCACCUGGCCUCCCCAGAUGACUGCCGAUAAUAUCAUUCAGUUUCAUCAGCAGGUGGCAGACGCCUCACCCCUUCCUUACAUGGUGUACAAUUUCCCAGUCGUUACGGCCGGCAUCGAUCUUGAUUCAGAUACCAUCGCCGCACUCGCAAAACACCCCAACAUCGUGGGGACGAAACUCUCCUGUGGAAAUAUCGGAAAACUCCAACGACUCUCCUCAAAGUUUCCCUCAUCUGAAUUCGCAGUAUUCGCAGGCCGCAGUGACUUCUUUGCGCAUGGUUUACUCUCCGGCAGUGCUGGAACAAUCGCAGCCACCGUGAACAUCCUUCCUAAGAUCCAUGGGAGCAUCUUUCAGCUGGUGGAGAAGGGUAAGAUCUCAGAGGCGAUGGACCUACAGGCCAAAUUGGGGCACGGUGAUUGGGCCGUUCAGAAGAUCGGAGGUAUUGGAGGCGUCAAAACAAUCGUUUCACAGAACUUUGGUUACGGAAAGAACGUUGUUCACAAGCCUCUGAAAUCUGUGGCUGGGGACAGCCUACGGGGAAACAGCUAUUACAAGACCAUGCUCGAGCUGAUAGAUUUAGAGAAAUCUAUUUGAUGUGUAAUGGCCAAAACCUCCA